GAACCGCUCCCUGCUCAGCUCAUGGCUCAGGUUCGUCUUCCCCGUCAAUCUCCUCUCCUUUCUCUCCAAAACCUUCAUAGUCAAUCCAGUCGCCACCACCGCAACAGUACCAUCUCUUUCUUCUGCUCUCCUCUGUCUCACACUCUCAGUUAUACUUUUCCCAUCAAAGCUCGAAAUUUUAGUUGUUUCGUUGUACAUUUCUCCACCACUACCCAAAACCCAGUUGUGCAGCUCCAAUCAGAAGGUGAAACGCAAGAACAGGAGGAGUUUUCUCGAACCAGAUUGAUUGCCCAGAACGUCCCUUGGACUUGUACCCCGGAAGACAUCCGUUCUUUGUUUGAGAAGCAUGGCUCAGUACUAGAUGUUGAGCUCUCAAUGUAUAACAAGACUAAUAACAGGGGUUUGGCGUUUGUUACCAUGGGUUCACCUGAGGAGGCUCUUGAGGCUCUCACUAAGCUCAACUUGUCUGAGUUCGAGGGUCGUGUUUUAAGGCUCAAUUUUGCCAAACACAGAAGGAAGAAACCUGCAACAAGUGUGUCACCAAAGCCUGCAAUAGCAUUCAACCUGUUUGUGGCAAAUCUUUCAUAUGAAGCCAGAGCUAAACAUCUCAGAGAGUUCUUCAGUUCUGAGGGUGCCAAUGUUGUUUCUGCUGAAGUUAUAUUUCAUGAUAAUCCAAGAAAGUCAUCUGGGUAUGGAUUUGUCUCAUUCAAAUCGAAGAAAGAAGCUGAAGCUGCACUGUCUGCUUUUCAGGGGAAGGUUUUUAUGGGAAGACCAAUUCGGGUGGCACGUGGUAGACAGUUUGUGAAAGCACAGUCAGAAGAGGGUUCAAAGUCUGAUGACAAAUCAAUAGAGUUGAACUCUGGUAGUGAACCAGUAGACACAAGUGAUGAAGUUUGAAGCUGGAUGUGCAUGGGGCUGAGAUUUCAUCAUUUUCUUCUGUUUGUUGUCUUGUUGGUAAGCCUUUUAAAGUCAAUUGUUUCAACAUCAGUAAUAAUGCUGUUACUGAUACACACAUGUUUCAUCCAUUACUACUUUUUGACAUAUUCCCUUUUGUUGGUCAAUUCUGACGAGCAUUAGAGCAGCAAUCACCUUGCAUUUAUGCGAUACUGUGAAAAAACUGAAACAACUUCAAUUAAGAAGCAUUUCCUAAAUGGCAUCUAAUUGACUUGAUGUCUAUCACCAGAUUCAACCAUGGCUUCAUAAAAGUAGAAUUGAAGCGUUGGGGUCUGUAACGUGUGUUUUGGCCUAAAAGGAAAUCUAUCCUAUGAAAGAUUUUUAUAAAUCUGUUGCUACUAUUGAUUCUAUAGGGCUUAGUUCAAGUCUCUAAGAAUUUUGUGUCUUCAUAGAUUUAAUCCCCUGCUGUUGAAAUACUGGCAAUGAAGAGAAAUGGAUGACAUGAAGAUUAUGGAUUUUUCAGUAGUUAUUGUUUUUGUUGGCCACAACCACUAGUUAGCAUCAGCUUGUAGUACAUUAGUCUCAGAUUCUACACUCUGAAACAAUAAUCUCCCUCUUCUCUAAAUCUCUCAGUGCAUUAGGACAUAUAUUUCCCCCUGCUGAGACACAAUAUGGUAAUGCUAGCCUAUUAGGCUCAAUUUUUCUGUCAACUCAGUUAAUUGCAUCAGCAAAUUUUUAGAUUCCAGAGAUGACUUCUAUUGUUGGCUCUGAAACUUGAGGGGGAAAAAUGGACCUUGCUGUUGUUUGUCAAUUCAACUCUAUAAGUUAUGUCGAAUUAUGUGAACCGACCUUUUACUCACUCCAACCUCCUCUGUUACUAUAUAAACAACCCUCCAUUUCCACAAUCAAACCUGCAAAAUCUAUUCAUCUCUCUCCUCUUCUUGAUCAUCUCCUCUGCUAAAACCCUCUGUUUAUUACAAAAAUGGCCGGAUUAGGAGUCACCAGAGCUGGAAUUGCUUGCGUUAUGCUGGCCUUGUUCAUGGCUAUGCCAACCCUGGCCACUGUUUACACUGUUGGUGACACUUCUGGCUGGGCUACGGGUGUCGAUUAUAGCACCUGGACCAAAGGCAAGACCUUUGCAGUUGGUGAUAGCCUCGUGUUCAAUUAUGGAGCCAGUUCGCAUACGGUGGAUGAAGUGAGUGCUAGUGACUACAACACGUGCACUGUGGGCAACUCAAUCAGCACAGACCAAAGUGGUGCCACCACCAUCCCUCUCAAGACUGCCGGAACCCAUUACUUCAUCUGUGGUGUGGUCGGGCACUGUGGGAAUGGCAUGAAGCUGGCGGUCACUGUGGCGGCAGCAGCCUCACCGUCGGGUAGCACUACA